AUGUCCGCCGAAGAGAAUCGUCGUAUUGUCUCUCAGUUUAUCAGCAUAUUUCAGAACCGUAAUUAUGACGACUUUCUCGCCAUCUCAUCUCCCGACGCAACAUGGUGGAUAUCAGGGCCACAAGAGAAGCUACCCUUCUUCGGGACCCACCUCCUUGUUAAUCGAGUCCCAUACUUGAAGGAGGCUUUUGGAAAAGCUAACGCCAUCUCCUACGAUGUUCGAAGCAUCACUGCGAGUGAGCAGGAUGUUGUCGUAGAAUACCUCGCCAAAGCCGACGGGCCUGCGGAGGGACAACACUACGAAAAUGAAAUUCUGACCAAAUUUACCUUGAAGGAUGGGAAGAUUAUAGAUGUUCGCGAGUACCUGGAUACCAAUCCCAUUUUCCAAUAUUUGGCCGCAGCGGCGUAG